UUAAAACAGGAAGUAAAACCAUGUGUGGCAUAUUUCUGUUUCUGUUCCAAAGAACACCUGCACCGCGAGGAGCAAAUCUUACUACCGGCUGUUCAGAAGACAGCAGAAUACCAAUUUUCUGCUUUUCAAAACACAGAAUGAAGAACCACUCUUGUCCGUAUAUCAGCUUUGACUUUACAAGCAGAUUUCUGCCUCCAGUCUUCUUCUUGGUGUUCAUCAUCGGUCUGGCAGCUAAUGGAUGGGGACUGAAGUCUUUGCUGCAGAAAUGGAAGAAACUGGGGAAUGUUAAUGUCUUUGUUCUCAACCUUGGACUUGCAGAUAUUUUGUAUCUGCUCACACUCCCGUUUCUGAUGGUGUACUACAGGAAAAGUGAAUGGAUCUUUGGAGAUGUGUUCUGCAAGAUAACAAGGUUCUGCUUCAACCUGAAUUUGUACGGCAGCAUCGGCUUCCUCACCUGUAUAAGUGUGUACAGGUACCUGGCUGUUGUCCAUCCAGUGAGAGUGAUGGGAAGAUUAACUGUCACCCACUCUGUGGCUAUCUCAGUCAUGGUUUGGCUGUUGGUGGGUGUUCAGAGUCUUCCAGAUAUGUUCUACGUUAAAACAACAUACAAAAACAACACCGGGAAAUGUUUUGACACCACCUCGAAAGACUACGUUGAGGAUUAUCUGAAAUACAGUCUUGGAUGGACAUUCACUGGAUUUCUCAUCCCCCUCCUCAUCACACUGGGUUGCUAUGGACACGUGAUUGUUGUUCUGUGUCGCACAAAUACCACAGACAAGGUACUGAAACAAAGAUGCUUGAAGUUGUUGUUCAUCUUGAUUCUUCUCUUCUCUGUGUGUUACAUCCCCUACCAUGUACUCAAGAACCUCACCCUCUAUGCAAGAGUUUUGUCUAACCAGAAGACUGACACGAAGAUUCCGUGGGAACCAACAGUCUUUGGUGCUCAUCAGAUAAGUCGUGGACUUGUGUGUCUGAACAGUGCUCUCAACCCUCUGGUUUACCUCCAUACAGUUGAAAAUAUUCCUGCUCAGCUCAGACAGCUGCUCCAGAAAACUCGUCAGAUGUUUAAUUGUCGGUGCACAUCUCACACUGGCAGAGUGCCUGUAGCGCAAAAUGUAGAUGAAGUUUAACAUGAUUGUUUUGUUACUUAUACAAGUUUCUACCUUCUAGCUAAUGCCUUUAAUGCUAUUAGCAUUGCAUUCUUUUCCUUGUCAAUACAUUUAACACAUGGGGAUAUGUCUUUUGUUCUCUGCUUUUUAGGGUGCUGUUGUUACAACAUGCUGAAAAUGUGCUAAAUAAAGGGGAAAUUCAGCUCUU